AUGAGCAAGGCAGAGGAAUGGGAGCCGCGUCGAUCUGUACACCGACAGCACCUGCAAGCAGAACAACAUCCAUCACAGCUACAGCAGCGUGCCGACCACCGUGCUGCAGACCACCUAAACAGACCAGCGGUAUCUUUUUCUACCCACCGCAGUAACUUUCGUCAGGGGGUCCGACGUACUACGCCCAGAAGCGUCCCCAGCACUGAUCGAUCCAGCACCUAUCUCGGUAGCCGUUCUAGUUCAGAGACGUACCGCGGUUCAGAACAUCGGGUGCCUAAUCGUGAACGUGGGCAUGGCGACGGACAUAGUUAUGAGUCCCUAAGCGCCAAGAAACCCCUCCUGGACGAUGAAUAUGAGGGUGAUGGCAACGGCGACGGCGACGACAUCAACAACAGCGACGACUAUGAUGAUGUUGUAAAAUUUCUUACAGGUGCCAGGAUGACAAAGGGCGAGUCCCUUACCACAUUCUUGGAUCGCACCAAAACAACUGCAACUCCAAUUGUGCCCCAGUAUGUGCUCCCUAAGGAAAGACUUAUAACGACCCCAUCAACACAAGCGCCAAUUGCAGCAGAUACGGAACCCAUCUACACGAGAGAUGUAAAGACGCAGAAAACGACUCUUAUCAGCCAGGCGGAACUGGAAAGAAGGAUGCAGGCCUUGCGAGAGUCUAUCUCCGAGUCAGUACCACCGAGGCGACCCUUGUCGAUGCAACCAACCCAAGAGAAGCAACGGCGAGAUCUGGCGACGCGCAGUGGUCAGAUUAAUAGGCGAGAUCUUAAAGACGGAGCAAAUUAUCCAUCUCAGCAACACACGCCCACGGCAUCACAGCAGCAACGGAAACAGGCAUCGCAACAGCAUAGGAUGGAAGCAUCUCAGCAUAGGAGGGAGGCGCUGCGCUCAAGAGCCCAUCGUUCCGAUCUCAAGCACAAAUUCAGCAGCCAUCUACAGUCCUGGAAUACACACACAUCAUGGCCAACGAUGUCAGCCGGCGAGAGCUCUGCGAGUGACGCGCCCUAUCGUAGCAAUGCUGCUCGGCGCUGGCGCAUGCAGCAUACAAAGGGGACGUCCAGGAGAGAAUCGAUCUCUGGAUCAAUGCCGGACUCCAGCUCCAGCAUAGACUCGGAAUAUCGCGACCCUGUCAAGCAGAUCUCAGGAGGCCUAUCAGCCGAUCCGACAACCUCAGCCCUGGCACCAAUUGCAGAGCGGAAGAUCAGAAGGUCUUAUUGCGGAUGGAUCGUAAUCCGUCUUUUUCGGUUCUUCCUCUGGACGCUGGUAUCAAUGACAAUACAGGUGGUCGUCAUGGGAAUCUUGUUCAGACCCACCUCAUCAGUGGCCCAUCUAUCGACUGAAGGCUCCCGUGGAAGUGUCCCCAGAGCCGUUGCCUACAGUGGACGAGACUAUGUUGCCGAUCAAAUAGGAUUCUACACGUUUCUUGAUGACGGAUUUGGUCAACACACGCUCGCAUAUUGUCACGAUCUAUGGGAGUUUCCAACUGAUCCAACAAGUCUAUAUUAUGGCAGACGCAUCUCGUCCUUACGGAGUCGCAUUCUCGAUGCAAUGGCAAAAGCGCGCCUCAUCAUAGCCAGCGCAUCGAACGCGGCCAUUGGGUCAAGGCCCUUGCAGUAUUUGUGGUUGAAGAUCAGGGGGAUUGUAGUGGGCUGGGAUCGAGUUUGGAACGGAGGUAGAGAAGAGAACGACGCGCUUGAAUGGCUCUAUCAUUGA